AAAUGUUACAAUUGGAACGAAAUAAGCAAAAAUUAUUCACACACAUAUUAACUAUUGCACUGUGAAAGUGUAUUUAUCCUACUACUAGUCCUUUUCCCAAAUUCUCCGUAAUAAAUAAAAAGACAUAUAAUGACGUUUAAGAAACUUCUCUUCGUAUGCAUGGGCAACUCGUGCAGCUCGCCAAUGGCAGAGACGAUCAUGCAGAAUCUAAUGGUGAAGACCAGUCUUUACUGGGAGGUCGAUAGUGCUGCAUUACGUACCUGGAACAUUGGCAGACGGCCGCACAAGCGAUGUCUACGCGUGCUGAGGGAGCACGGACUGCGCUCGGAUCACUUUUGCCGACUGCUAACUGUCCAGGACUUUUACUAUUUUGACUACAUCAUAACUAUGAACGAGCAUAUAUACAAGGAGUUGCUGCUCUGGGCAGAUGCCAAUCAUAUUUCCAAUACCUCGAAUGUGCUGAUGCUGGGCUCGUAUGGCAAGAAUGGCAAGACCGUAUCGGUUAUUGACCUAUCACCGGCACGUAAACUGAAAGCCUUCAGGAAUGCGUACUACCAAAUCAAGGAGUGCUGCAAGCAGCUUAUACUUGGCGAACAGGUGAGCAUUGUGCGCUAUGAUUUGCCCAGCACAGAUGACGAUAACGAGCAGGUGUAUGAGACUAUAAAUCCGCAUAGAGACUCCAGUGAGAGUCCCGAUUCCAUGAAUGCCGAUGGCCAGCAAUAUCCCUCAAAGUCCUCUUUAAUCGAACCGUGCUCGGUGUGCUCAAUCAGUGCGCCCAUGUCGAAUAAAAAGAAACUUUGCCAGAAAUGUGGCCAGAAGUUCUUAGCCAAGCUCUGAGCACACACACACACACACACACACACACAGACACGCACAGCAGAUGACAAAAUGUUAAACAAAACCCAAAAGACUUGUGCACAAAUUUUAAAGCUACAGCUCAAACGUUGAUUAUUAAAUAAAAUCACAGAUGACUUUGAUAUGACA